GCGACAGGAGCACCUAUCCGCAGUUGUCAGUAGCGGUGCGCUAUAGCAGCGAGAGCUCUACAUGCGAAGAAGUGGACAUUAAACUGGAUUAUUUCUUCUUCUGUUUAUUUAUCUUUUUCUACCCACUGAAAGCUUGAUUUUUAAUUGCACAUUUUGCAUUACGAACUGAUUUUUAAACUCAAAAAUGGAGAAUCAAGAAAGCGAGUAUCUCCCGGAGCUUCUCGCGGAGAAGGACAGUAUGGAUGUCUCGUUUACGCACGCUAUGAAACUUUUAUCUACAGAAAUCGAGAGAAUCCAGAAAGGUGAACCCAAGAAGGAAGGAGGAGACGCGUAUCUGGACCUUUUCACCGUCAAGAAUAUCAAACUGAAGGAACGCGUGCUCAUACCCUUCAAACAGUAUCCGAGGUUCAACUUUGUGGGGAAGAUUCUUGGCCCUCAGGGCAACACAAUCAAACGCCUUCAGGAAGAGACUGGGGCCAAGAUCUCUGUACUGGGCAAAGGCUCCAUGAGGGACAAAGCCAAGGAGGAGGGUCUGAGGAAAGGUGGCGAGGCCAAGUACGCACACCUGUCUAUGGAGCUGCAUGUCUUCAUCGAGGUGUUUGCCCCCGUGCCCGAGGCUUACCUACGUAUGGCGCACGCCAUGGAGGAAGUCAAGAAGUUCCUGUUUCCUGAUAUGAUGGAUGACAUCUGUCAGGAACAGUUCAUGGAGAUGGGUUAUUUGAACGGGGGCCAGGAGCACGGGCCAGGGGUCCCACGAGGCAGAGGAGGACCACCGGGCCCAAGGAGCCGAGGAGGGCCUCCGGGACAACCAGGAGCACCCAGGGGUAGAGGUAUUCCCCAACGUGGAGGUACCACCAGGGGAGGUCCAGCCAGAGGCGGGGUAGCGAGGGGGGCACCAGCAGGAAGAGGAACCCCUGCCAGAGGGGCAACAGCGCCCCGAGCCAGACUCACUGCCCCUGGUGGGCCUCCAAGAACCCUUCCUCCCCCCCACCAACACGCCCCAGCACCGGAACAAUAUGAGGAAUAUGCCUAUGAUGAGAGCUACACUGAGCCAGCGUACGAGUCAUACGACAGUUACUACGGUCAGCCACAGGCAGAGCCAGAGUACUACGACUACGGACAUGGAGAAACACAGGAAGCAUACGAACCCUAUGCCCAGGACGACUGGAACGGGACCCAGAGAGCGGCGCCGGGGGGUAAGGCCCCCACUGCCAGAGCGGCUAAGGGCCCUUACCGAGAACACCCCUAUAGACAAUACUGAACUCCUCACCGUGCCAACGCCUAGCGACCAACGCUACCACCGUUAACGCGUUGCCCCGACAACCAACCAUCAACCUGUCUACCACGGCAGCUCUUGCUCUAAGCAACCCUCGACAAAAGUAAUUGUCCGUUUUUGGUUUUGGUUUGGAAUUUUCUACACUGGACUUUUAUGAGCCGAAAAUCAGGAUCAUAACUGAUCGAAGCCUAUUUUAUAUUUAAUUCAGACCGUUUUUUUUUGGAUGGGGGUGGGGGGGGGGGGAUUUGAAGUUUUAGUUGAUUUCUGUUUUUCUCUCUGACCCUGGUCUCCCUCUUGCCUUUUCUUUUGCGCUGUUGACCUUUUUUAAGGGUUUUUUAUUUUUAAUGUUUGGAUUUAAACUCACUUCUAGUGGAGUUAGACGACUCACUUCUAGUGGAGUUAGACGACUCACUUCUAGUGGAGUUAGACGACUCACUUCUAGUGGAGUUAGACGACUCACUUCUAGUGGAGUUAGACGACUCACUUCUAGUGGAGUUAGACGACUCACUUCUAGUGGAGUUAGACGACUCACUUCUAGUGGAGUUAGACGACUCACUUCUAGUGGAGUUAGACGACUCACUUCUAGUGGAGUUAGACGACUUAUCCACUUGUUGUCGUCUUUAAAGGGACAUUUCAAAAACGCUCUACUUCAUAUUCAUUAUCUCCAGUUCAACAUCAACAUAUGUGAACAUGGUACGUUUCUAUGUUUUUGUAAGUAAAAAAUAAAUAAAACUGUUUCCGAUGACGACGUUGGUGUGCAACUAAUUGGUUGAUGUUAUUGGAAACGGUUAUCUUCUUAUUUUCACAAGUAUUGAUGUUGGUUCUGGAGAUGACGAAUAUGAAGUAGAACCAUUCAUUAUUUUGUUUAAAACUAUUACUUUGAGGGACAGUUGCAGAUUCCCAUUUAGGCUACAUUUCAAAGAUUUUUUUUUUUUUUAAUAUAGCAAAGUAAAAGAAACAUUAUGUAAUAUAGACCAAACAUAAAACGCCAAGGAAACAGGAAAAACAAAACAAAUGUUAAUGGAAUUUUGAUUUAGUAAUCCCAUUUGUUUUAAAUAGUUUUUAAUUAAAAGUUGUCAAUGUAGACUUUUUUUACAUAAUGAAAUUUUCUCAUUGUACAUUUAGAGUUUUGAAAUAUAGGCCUGAUUAUCCCCUGUUGAGAUGGACUGUCCUCACAUACUACUUUUUGUUUUGUAUUUUUUUAUUAAAGUUGGUUCAACAAUAA